UCGAGAACCUCAAGUGAGGAGCUUUAAAAGGCUGGCUGAUCGUGUACUUGUGUAACACAAGUUGUCUGUGUGCUUACAUCGAAGCAAGCGCUAACUGUGAACCUCGUUCGUUAGGCUUCGUGUGGUUGCGACUAACGGAAACGCCAUGUCAUCUCAGAAUAACUCGCACUGCUGUCAACGCGCUCACCAAGUCUCCCCAUGGACUGGAGCUGGAGGCGAAAUGGGGAGUUCCCUGCCGCUGAUGGACUGGUUCGACAACCAGAUGGCACGGAUUCAAGACGAUCUCGCUGUGAAUCGCUUCUUUGACGUCCCUCAUAUUGGACGCAUCGCCUUCGACCCGCAUAGGAGAUCGCGCCUCUUCGACGCUCUCUUCUCGGACGAUGAGCCGGCGAACAUGGAACUGACUUUCCACGAGAACCCCAACAAGAAUCAAGUCGAAUGCCAACUCAGCACCGGGUGUGGAGACUUCUUCAGGCCGGAAGACAUCCAAGUGAACGUGAAGGAUCGCCGUGUGGAGUUCACUGCGCGCCGGGAGCAGAAAUCCGACGACGGCCACAACUAUUCGGUACGCGAAGUUCGGCGCGUGUUCCACGUCCCCAAGAAUGCGGACAUCGAGAAACUCCACGCCGAAAUGCGUCCGAACGGCAAGGUCAUGCUGACGGCACCUCUGUUGAACCCGAAACCCAUCGAAAAGAAAUCCGACAAGCCAGUACCAAUUAAGAUCAAUCGCAACUGAGUUGUGGGAUCAUUCCGCGGAUUCUCUCCGAUGUAAGAUCUCGUUAAACAUUUUACUUAAGUAAUAAAGUGAAGCCAGUGAAGCUCCUCA